AUGCAUGCUCUUGCGAAUGGGACUACGAAGGAGCGAGGCGAAUUGCUGAGACGCUGGGUACAGUCGCAGGAGAACCUCCAAUCCUGUGAAAGCCUGGUGAAGGCGACCAGAAGAAGCAACUUACAAGGUCAGCGAGUGGUUCAGCUAGUCAGCGUCAAGGAUCGCGAUGCCCCAGGCAUCGUCGAAGAGACGAAGUAUUGGGUGACGACGGCCGAGACCCGUACGGACACCCUGGACAUUACGCAUGAGCAUCAGCUGACGGUGCAUGCAGCGGCCAGCCCCGAUGAUGCCUCCAACAUUCUGAAUGGGCUGGCCUUGAAGCAGCAGCAGGUCUUGAGACUUCGGCCCCUGGUGGCAGACGUGGCGGUGGUUCUCGUGCAUCAGUGGCAGGAUCCAAGCGCUCUGGCCAAGGCUCGAGCAGCUCCAGGCAAUGAGAUCAAGAAAGAAAUCUCGGGCAUUAGUGCCAUUCUCCUGGAUCUGCCGGACGACGAUGAGUUGAAGGAGGACUUGGCUAAGGCUCAGGGCAAGCUUAUCAAGCUGAACAAGAAGUUUCUUGGCUCCAUGCUGAU